GCGCCUGCAAAUGCAUUUUCCUUUUCCCUCACACAAUUAAACAAAGCGGAAUAUAAGAAGAAAAAAAAGAGAACAGAAGAAGUAGCGCGUGCUUGAAAUUUGCAGCAGCUGCUUCGUCGCCAUAGUUGCUUCCUUCCAGCUCUUCUUCUUCUUCUCCAAGUGAUCACCAUCAUCAGAAACCCUAGAAUUCAGCUCCUCUGGAAAUCCGCCUGGUCACUUGAAGGCAAAUAGCUAUGUGAAUUUUUUUUUUUUUUGGGAGGGAGGGGAAGUUACUGCUGGUUACCAGAGAAGAGACGCAAUGAAGUGUAGCUGCUUCCGUGCCUCCGCGGUUGGUCGGAAGGACGGCGCUGCCUCAACCUCCGCCGCAGCAUGGGCUCAUCACGGCGUUGAUGGCGAUCUGCUUCGCGAUGUUAACCAUAUUGCUUAUAAUACGCUGCGAUCAGCAACGGAAGAUUUCGAUCUCAGGAAGAAGAUCGGGAGAGGAGGUUUUGGUACAGUUUACAAGGGAACCCUGAAAGAUGGAAGGGAAAUUGCUGUGAAGGCACUCUCUGUCCAUUCAAAGCAAGGGGUGAGGGAGUUCUUGAACGAGAUCAGGGCGAUGGCGAAAGUUAAGCAUCCAAACCUUGUGGAGUUGAUAGGUUGCUGUGCACAAGGAGCUAACCGGAUGCUAGUCUACGAAUUCGUGGAGAACAAUAGUCUUGAUCAUUGUUUGUUAGGUUCAAGGAAUUCAAACAUAAGGCUAGAUUGGGGGAGAAGAGCUGCCAUAUGCUUGGGGAUAGCUCGAGGUCUCGCUUAUCUCCACGAAGAGCUAGUGCCGCAUAUUGUUCACCGAGACAUCAAAGCAAGUAACAUACUCCUUGACAAAGAUCUCAACCCGAAAAUUGGGGACUUCGGGUUGGCCAAACUCUUUCCGGAUGACAUCACUCAUAUCAGCACGAGAAUUGCAGGAACCACCGGUUAUUUAGCGCCAGAAUAUGCACUUGGCGGCCAAUUAACCAAGAAGGCUGACGUCUACAGUUUCGGCAUCCUACUCCUGGAGAUAAUCAGCGGCAGAAGCAGCUCAAAGGCCAGCUGGGGAGGGACGGAGAAGCUCCUUCUAGAACAGGCAUGGCAGCUCUACGAGGAAGGCAGGCUCCUGGAGCUGGUGGACGCCGAGAUGGGGGGAUUCGACGACGAAGAAGCCGUGGUGAGACACAUGAAAGUAGCCUUCUUCUGCACACAAGCCACCGCGAACAGAAGGCCGUCGAUGAGCCAGGUCGUGGAAAUGCUGUCCACGAGCACGCGGCUCAACGACAAGCUGCUCACGGCGCCUGGGGUUUUCCAGGACUCGUCGGACGGGGUCGGUGCUGGUGGAGCUUGUGUAAAUAAGAGGUCAACUGCACAGUCUUCCAGCAACCAUAGUUCCUCCGUUCCUGUGACCAUUACUGAAGUCACCCCUAGAUGAAAGAUCAUGAGAAAUCUGCAGGCAAUCACUCUAGCCCUUUCUUUUCCUUCUUAGUUUGUGCAAAGAUCACAAUUCUUUCAAGAUUUAAGCCUAUUGAUAGUUGUCAGUAAAGCAUAGUGUUAAGUAGGAUUAUAGCCAUUAGGGUUUGCCAAUCAUCUUCCUUUUCGGGAGGCUUGUAAUGGCAAAGCGUAGAUAAUGGGGAAAGCUAUAAUGGAGAUUUGGUAUUAAGAUUUGUCUUAAAGUUGAAAGCGUCCACUCACUUACCCACCACCACCAACUGAUUUUUCUCCUUUUUUUUUCUUCUCUCCGUUACGUGUGGACUAAGCUUGUUUGGAUGUGUGUGAUUUGCUGAGAUUGUGAUGAUUGGCUGUAGAAUUGUCUGAAAAAGCCUCAUUAGGCUACGUUAGAAUUCAGGAGAGGAAAUACUAGGAAG